UCGUAUAUCAAGUCGGCGCGCGCGCUGCCGGCGUACCGAUUGUAACUUGUUUAUGUCGCGUUAUCAGGCGUCGUUUGCUGGGGAUGUCUCACUCGUUAUCACCAAAGCAACAACAACAACAAAUUAAGGUAUACAUCGUGUUGCUUCUAUUUAGCAAUGAAAAUUCAGUAUAUGCUGAUCAAGUUAGGAUAUAUAACUUAAAUGACCCAGUAUUAAGCUGUAGCGGGUGGCUAUCUAACAUAAUAUUUAAUAUUUGCAAUAACACUUAUAAAAUAGUGAAGAGGGAUACUUCUCUUAUGAUAGAAAAAAUGGCACCAAAAGCCUUACAGAAAGAGACAGCAAGACUGCAAUUAGUUGACGAGGGCCAAUGGCGGCGCGUGCGCAGGCAGGUGGCAACACAGUGCUGUGACAGAGCAUGUACCGUGGCAGACAUCAUCACUUACUGCCCAAACGAUGCCAAACUCGUACAAGAAAAUCCUGAAAUAUUUGAAUGAAAAAAAGCAUAAAAAAAUCUAGUAAAUUUUUCAUAGCAGAGUAUUAUUAUUUAUAUAAUGUAUUUUUACCUAAGUACAAAGUCAAAUCAUAGUGUAAUUGGUUCAAAGACUGUUUGUGUUUAAUGAGAUGCCAUUGAUAAAGGAAUCCAAUAAAGAAUAGUAUAUUAA